CUCUCUGUCAUUGCAUCCAUUUUUGUGCAUUUAAGAAAUCUCCAAGAAUUACCAACCUGGAGGAAAGCGAGCUAACCACAGUGACAGAGGAGGGCUAAGGACUCCGGACAAAAACAAACCAGGACUGACCGGGUACCUUUUAUUUCAUCAUGCGAGUGAAGCCUCUCUAAAGGAUGCCAGCGAUGGGUUAGACAGGAUCUAACAUGACUGCAAAAUAAAAGCCACUGUGUGUAAAGAUGUCUGCUCCACACGGGCCCCGGGGCGGCCCUGGCCCUGCUGCUGCUGCUGCUGCUGCUGCUGCCUCAGCGGCCGGCGCCAUGCCGGAGAUGCCGGACCUCAGCCACCUCACCGAGGAUGAGAGGAAGAUCAUCCUCGGUGUCAUGGACCGACAGAAGAAGGAGGACGCGAAGGAACAGUCGAUGUUAAAGAUCAAAGAAGAACCAAAGCCUCAGCCUGCACAGUGGUUUAGUGGGAUCAGUGAGCUGGUAAAUAACGUCCUUCAACCACAGCAAAAGUCCCAAAAUGACAAGCAGCCAGAGCCAGACGCGAAGUUGCACCAGCAGUUUGAGUCAUAUAAGGACCAGGUUAAGAAGAUGGGAGAUGAGACAAAGCCGGUCCAGGACCAGAAGAGCGAAGCCCCGACUUGUGGAAUAUGCCACAAAACCAAGUUUGCCGAUGGCUGUGGCCACCUCUGUUCAUAUUGCCAAACCAAAUUCUGUGCUCGGUGCGGAGGACGAGUGUCUCUGCGGUCAAAUAAGGAGGACAAAGUGGUUAUGUGGGUAUGCAACUUGUGCCGAAAACAACAAGAAAUCCUCACCAAAUCGGGGGCAUGGUUUUAUGGCUCGGGGCCUGGUCAGGUGCGAGGUGUGUUUGAGGGUGGGCCGCAAGGGAAGAAGGCCAAACUGCAGGACCCGUCCCUGUACCCCUACCCGGGAGCCUCAGGGGACUUGACACCAGCGUCAGACAGAAGCAGACCUCACGGCGGGCACCUGCACAGACAGUCAUCCCUCGACAACGGCUCCGGGCCGAGGUACCUGGGACUAGACGGACCAAUAGACAGGAAACGAAGCCCAUCUGCAUCCAGGGAUCCAAACCAAAAAUACGACCAAAGGGAGGGGGGUGACCAUUCACAGUAUGCCCCGACGGACGGCAGUAUGCCCAGAUCACCGUCUGAUUAUGGGGAUGGGGACCCCCGGCGGGCUCCGCGGGGCCCACACAUGUACCCAGAUGUGGAUGCGGCACGAAUGGGCUACAGGGACCGGCGUGGUCCUGGACGCUGGCACUCCCAGGAAUACCCGCUGGACCAGGAGCUAGAUGGACCACCUAGUGAGUAUGACCUCCAGCGGCAGCGGCAGGAGGAAUUCCAGACUCGUUAUCGCAGUGACCCCAACCUUGCACGCUAUCCUGUUAAGCCGCAGCCCUAUGAGGAGCAGAUGAGGAUGCACGCUGAGGUUGGACGCCUGCGACAUGAACGCCGUCAUAGUGAUGUCUCCCUGGCCUAUACAGAACAGGAUGAACCAAGCCCCAUCCGGCUGUCUCGUCAGCAUCUCACUGAGCGCAGGCCGCCUAUGGUGGGACAGCGCUCCUACUCUGUUGACCGCUCCUCGUCUGGGCCCAUGGGUCCUGGCCUUGGAGGCCAUCGAACCUCUAAUCACAGCCCCCCCACGCCUCACCGUAGCCCUGUACUGGGUGACAGAUCAGGGGACCUGCGGAGAGGGGACCUGGGUGUAGGUGGAGAUCCAAUGAGGAGGCAGCAACACCACUUGGACCCUAGUUCAGCUGUUCGCAAGACAAAGAGGGAAAAGAUGGAGAGCAUGUUGAGGAACGAUUCCCUCAGCUCGGACCAGUCAGAGUCGGUGCGCCCACCACCCCCCAAGCCCCACAAAACCAAAAAGGGAGGAAAGAUGCGCCAGGUGUCGCUGAGCAGCUCGGAGGAGGAGCUGGCCACCACGCCAGAGUACACCAGCUGUGAGGACGUAGAGAUAGAGAGUGAGUCAGUCAGUGAGAAAGGGGACAGUCAAAGGGGAAAAAGAAAAACUAUUGAGCAAGCAUUUAUGUCCGAGCCGACACACACCUUAUCUGAGAGGCAAAAGAAAAUGGUGCGCUUUGGGGGCCACUCAUUUGAAGAGGACUUGGCAUGGUGUGAACCGCAGGUUAAAGACUCGGGAGUUGAUACGUGCAGUAGCACUACCCUAAACGAGGAGCAUAGCCAUAGUGAGAAGCACCCGGUGACGUGGCAGCCGUCCAAAGAUGGGGAUCGCCUAAUAGGGCGUAUUUUGCUCAAUAAGCGUAUGAAAGAUGGAAGUGUGCCUCGAGAUUCAGGAGCUCUGCUUGGUCUGAAGGUGGUUGGAGGCAAGAUGACAGAAUCUGGUAGACUAUGUGCUUUUAUCACUAAAGUGAGGAAAGGAAGUCUAGCAGACACUGUUGGACACCUCAGACCAGGUGACCAGGUGUUGGAGUGGAAUGGGAAGCUUUUACAAGGAGCCACAUUUAAAGAAGUUUACAAUAUCAUUCUAGAAUCCAAGCCUGAGCCACAGGUGGAACUAGUGGUGUCACGGCCUAUAGGAGAUAUUCCAAGGAUACCAGACAGCACACAUGCACAACUGGAAUCAAGUUCGAGUUCUUUUGAGUCUCAGAAGAUGGAUCGCCCAUCCAUCUCCGUCACGUCCCCCAUGAGUCCCAGCAUGCUGAGGGACGCCCCCCAGUACCUGUCAGGACAGCUCUCAAGCCAAAGCCUUAGUAGAAGAACAACGCCUUUUCCCCCUAGGGUUCAGGUCAAACUAUGGUAUGACAAAGUGGGCCAUCAGCUCAUAGUCACCAUCUUGGGCGCCAAAGACCUGCCUUCUAGGGAAGAUGGCCGGCCCAGGAACCCUUACGUCAAAAUAUAUUUCCUCCCUGAUAGAAGCGACAAAAGCAAGAGGAGAACAAAAACGGUAAAGAAAUCCUUAGAGCCCAAAUGGAACCAGACCUUUAUGUACUCGCCUGUGCACCGGCGAGAGUUCCGAGAGCGCAUGCUGGAGAUCACAUUGUGGGACCAAGCCAGGGUGAGGGAGGAGGAGAGCGAAUUCCUAGGAGAGAUCCUUAUCGAGCUGGAGACAGCUCUUUUGGACGAUGAGCCACACUGGUACAAGCUUCAAACUCAUGAUGUGUCCUCCAUCCCGCUACCACGUGCCUCCCCAAACACACAACGCAGGCAGCUCCACGGAGAGAGUCCAACACGACGGCUGCAGAACAAAGGCUCAUAUUCGCACAACUCAGGAUCCCAGAGGAUAAGUGAUAGUGAGAUCUCAGACUACGAUUGUGAAGACGGUGUUGGGGUAAUAACAGAUUACAGGCCAAAUGGCAGAGACUUCCAAAGCUCCACGUUGUCGGUCCCUGAGCAGGUGAUGUCGUCUAAUCACUGUUCUCGGUCAGCUGAUAUCAACCGGGCGCGAUCGCGCUCUCCCAGCGUCCCCCCACCCUCCAGCAGAAGUCUGGACCCAGCCUUUGACCUUAGGCCUUCUCAGUACAGCUCCUCCACUAGAGUGGACCACCACAGUGUGUCUGAAGAUAACUACUCACCUGACAGCCGCAACCAUCGUGUGUACCCAAUCUGCCGAGAGGAAGCAGUCAGGUUACUGCGUUCUACUAGGAUGUCCCGUGCCUAUUCAGAGGGCGCCUACUCCUCCGACUAUGAAUACGAGAGGAACCACGGAGCCAUGGAUAGACACGAGUAUCACAGCAGGUCCCGCUCUGCAGACCAGCGACCCACUAUAGAGCGCCCCACCUCCCGCUCACGCUCCACUGAACGCCCCCACGACUCUUCGCUCAUGAGGUCCAUGCCGUCCCUGCCAUCUGGGAGAUCUGCCCCCCCCUCACCUGCCUUGACGAGGGCGCAUCCUCGUAGUGGAUCGGUACAAACAAGUCCCUCCAGUACCCCCAUGUCCAACAGACGAGGACGGCAACUCCCCCAGCUUCCACCCACGGGAAAAGAGAGAAGUAUGGACAUGGAGGAGAGGACCAGGCAGAUGAAACUAAAGAUGAACAAGUACAAACAGGGAGCAGGCUCUGACUCCAGACUGGAGCAGGACUACCACAAGCGUUCAGGCAGAGAUCCACGGGGCUCAGAUAACCUGUCGGCCAAGUCAUCGGACAGUGAUGUAAGCGACGUGUCCGCUGUGUCGAGAACCAGUAGUGCCUCUCGGUUCAGCAGCACGAGCUACAUGUCUGUCCAAUCAGAAAGGCCGCAAGGGAACCGAAAGAUACGCCAGUUGCGAUCAAGAAGCCAUUCUCGGGAGGGGGAUGAGCAAUUAGGAGAAGUGCUAGAGGAGGAGGAGGCGGGUGGGGGAUGUCGAGAGGAUGGGAGAAGGGCCAGUAAAGAGAGGAGAUCACAGGGAGAGAGGAAGGGUUUAGGGGGAAAGGUAGACACAGACAAGGAGCAUCAGGAGGAUUUGGCUGAGAAAGAAGACGACUUACAGCAAAGGAGUAUCUCAGAGACUGACCUCAGGCAAAUGGGCUCGUCAGGCGGGUUGAACAUGACCAAGAGCACAAGCAUCAGCGGUGACAUGUGUAACCUGGAGAAGACAGAUGGAAGCCAGUCUGACACUGCAGUUGGCACGGUAGGCACUGAUGACAAGAAGAGGCGCUCCAGCAUUGGUGCCAAAAUGCAGGCCAUGGUUGGCAUGUCACGCAAGAGCCGGAGCACCUCUCAGCUUAGCCAAACAGAAGCGGGAGGCAAAAAGUUACGCAGCACGAUUCAGAGGAGUACAGAGACGGGCCUAGCAGUCGAGAUGAGGAGCAGGAUGACUCGGCAGGCCAGCCGGGAGUCCACCGAUGGCAGCAUGAACAGCUACAGCUCUGAGGGAAAUCUCAUCUUCCCUGGUGUGAGGCUUUCCUCAGAUGCCCAAUUCAGCGACUUCCUUGAUGGUCUUGGCCCCGCCCAGCUGGUUGGACGACAAACGUUAGCUACUCCACCUAUGGGUGAUAUCCAAAUUGGUAUGGUGGACAAGAAAGGAGCACUGGAGGUCGAGAUUAUCAGAGCCCGUGGCCUUGUGGGAAAACCAGGUUCGAAGGCACUGCCAGCACCAUAUGUAAAGGUCUACCUUUUAGAAAAUGGAGUCUGCAUAGCCAAAAAGAAAACAAAAGUAGCAAGAAAAACCUUGGAUCCUCUUUACCAGCAGCAACUGCCGUUUGAAGAGAGUCCAGGGGGAAAGGUUUUACAGGUCAUUGUUUGGGGAGACUAUGGACGUAUGGACCAUAAAUCAUUCAUGGGAGCAGUUCAGAUACUGUUAGAUGAGCUGGACCUGUCCAAUAUGGUGAUUGGCUGGUUUAAGCUCUUUCCUCCUUCCUCACUGGUGGACCCUACUCUGGCACCACUGACAAGAAGAGCUUCCCAAUCCUCACUGGACAGUUUCUCUCGAUCAUAGCAGCGUGUGGACUUAUAGCGUUGUUGUAGCAGCCAGUGUUGCAAUUACAGGUCACGCCCCCGGUUACACUGCAUGCUUGAUGUUGUGUCUUCUGAGCCUGUUUCUAGGGGUGCAAAUGUGAUCCUGUGUUUUAAGCAAAAACGUUGCGCACAUUGUGCACGUGGCGAAAUGUAUUGCAAGGGCCUGGCAGCCUGGAUUGCCAGGUGUUGUUGUUGAUGUUUGGAGGAAGCUGGAAUGAACUCCUUAGCACGAGGAAUCCAUCAGUUCCAGGUUUUCAUCCAAUUCGAAGCCAUGGGGGUCAGUACUGGGAACUGUCAAAUGAGUUCUACAGAAGCCCUUUUCGAAUGAAAAAAAAAUCCUCUAAUUCUUUUUUUGUUUUGUUUUCAUUUAUUAUUAUUUUUUUUAAUUUUCUGUUAAUGUCAAUGUACUUGUAUCUGAAGGGGCUGACAGUGUUUCUAAACAGCUGCUUGGUCAUGCCACGCCAACAGACCUAGCUGUGUAAAUGGAGUUUUGGAGACAUCACUUUUUGGGUGAGGUGUGUCCUAGCUUGUAUCCACGCUCCCACCAACCCCAAGAGAAAUGCCCCAAAUACUCUAAGUUUAUGUAUUGAGUCAACCUGCAGUGGUAAAUCACCAGAGAGACUUCAAAGGUAAUCAGAGGCGAUAAUGAAGUGGCUGCCAUCGAACCACCAGAAAAUACAGUAAUGAACCAAACCCCAUGAAAAAUGUACAAUCUACCAUCAUUCUUUCUCUGUUGAUAUAUUGUAUGAAAAUUAAAUGAGAAAAGAUAUUUUUUUCUAUUUAGUUCAUUUGCAUGGACACAAAUUUAGCUGAAUAAAAAAAAAGAUAACUUAUUUUCUUGAGGCUGCAACUUGCAAAAAAAGAUGAAGAAAAAUGAAUAAAACAGAUCAGCCAUUUUCAACAAUUUAUAUUAUUUUUAAAGAUAAAUUUCACUAGUGCAUGGUUUUCAAGGGGAGUGAAUGCAACAUCGUGAUUUAAAAAGACAUUCUUUAUCAUUCUUUAGACCAUUCAUGAGUCUGUCUUUUAUAGACAUGCAGAUAAGAGAAACUUUAAGGAAACCUUUCGAGUUAUUUAACAGAAAACGUUUAUGUGACAAAAAGUAAUAAUGAAAAUAAAUGUAAAUGAUUUAUUUCAUUGUAAAAGGCUCAUGCCUUGUUAAGAUAAACAUUAUGUGCAAAUUGUACAUGUUUCUCUUCUUCUUCCUUGUCCCUGGGUACUUUUCAUUGUACUUUUCAUUGCUACCAUUGUUCAGUUCCCCAAUAUUGUCCAGAUUUUAGGACUGUUAAUUAUUUUACAGUUCUGUAUUGUUUCAGUAUGUAUUUAAUUUUGGAUUUGAUUUGUUUAACAAGCAUGUUGAAAAGGAUUUUCUGCAACAUGGCUUGGGCACACCUUACAGUAACUCAGCAUGUUUUGAUAAAGAUGAUAUUUGGAAUUUUUGCAGUUUCUUGUACAGUGCAUGUCAACUUCAUUACUUUUCUCCCUCACUUUAAAUUGAACUCUACAGCAAGUUAGUUCCUGGUCGUCCAUGGCCAAAUAUUGAAGUUUUAACAAAAACAUUCCACCCCCAAGGUCAUAUUUUCUUUCAUCUUUUUUGAGAAAAAAAGUGACAAGGAAAACAUUUUAUAUUCAAUGGAGGUUGACAAAACAGUUGUGAUUGCAAGUGUAUUUUAUUUCAGUAUUGUUGACAAACAUGCAAAAAUAAUCUGUACUGGUACAGCAAGAGGUCUUAACAUAAUCAAGAGUCAGCAACCAUGCAAGAUGUAUGUAUGGUUCAAUUUUACAGGCACUGUUUGUGAAGAUGAGCUAAUCACAAGUUCAAAUAACAAGGGAUAUUGCCACAGAAAAUGUUUUUUUCUUGUUUUAAUGAAAAUGAAAUUAAUUUACUAUAUUUUUGUUAGUUUUAUUUAAAAGCCAAGACCCGUUUAUAUUUUAUUUUAUAUUUUUAGUAAUUAUAAAUACUUCUCAUGUCUGGGAAGUAUGUUGCAGUAUGUCUGAAUGAAAUUGAACUGAGGCAUUAUUCCUUUUCCAUAUUACAAAAAAUGUUUUAAUGUCCAAGAAAACCUUGUGGCUGUAAAAAGCCACAGUAUAUAUUUUAAUUUAUUUUCAUUGUAAAUACCUUUAGAUGUCAGAAUUUGAAUAAACAAGCUACCAUGAAUAGAUUGAUGAUUAUUUUGGAACAGGAAAAAUGCCUCUUGAUGACGAAGACAUAUGUUUAUUAUCCUUUUGAAUGCCUUUUAAUUUUCUCUUUUUGGUGCAAUGUGUUAAUGCCAAGGCUAUGUCUUGGUUAAGUAUGGUUGAGUACAGAGAUUUAUGUAAGUUAUUUUUCAAAUUAAAAAUAAAAAAAUUGAUAUUACACUUA